UUACCAUACACAGCAGAUUUCAAGUGGAAAACGACAUUUCAUACGCACGACGUCUUAUGCGUCAUAUUACGAGUUUUAGUAAACUCAAGAAAAGAGAUGUUACACCAAUCUCACACGUGCAGUAUAUAGCACUUUCAACAAACUACAGCUACGAAACUAUAGUAACUACUGGACUUGUCCUUUUCAGAGACGCCGAUAUUGCAUACAAUAAAGAAAGUGAUUCGUUUAGAAAAAAAAUAGAAGUAACAUGUUUGGUUGCACGCAGUGUGAUACAAGAAGCAUUCAGUAAUUGGUUACUUACACUUAAACAGUCUGAUUCUUGGUUUAUCGAAGGAUUUUUGACAUUUUACGGAGUUUAUCUAGUCGAUCAGAUUUACAGUGAGACUUUACUGAUGUCGAUUGUGGUUCAGACACGACGAAUGGUUUUUGAAUAUACACAAGCAUUUACUGAAUAUUAUUAUUUAAUACAAGAUAAUCCAUUUCUCAAAACCGAAACUUUUGAUAAAAUGUGGAAACAGAGAGUACAAGUAAAACGGGAAAAUGAUACACAAUUUCUAGAAAUUAUGAUUCAAGAUUGUGUUACGGUUAAACAAAAGAACAUGUGUGCAUACAAGUGGUGGAUACCUAUAAUCUACGUAAAAAUAUCAAGAAAAACGUUUAGUACUAAUUAUGUGUACCUAAAACCAGACGGAAAAAGCAAAUUUCUUGCGAAUAUUGAAGAAGAUGAUUUUAUCAUAAUUACGGAGCCAAAUGGAUAUCGCGUCAACUAUGAUCGUAAAUCUUGGGAAAAUAUUGCUCUCUUCCUAAAAAGUGAAAAAUCUGAGAUUGGGGAUGCAUCUAAUUUAUCUGACGUCACUUUAGCACAAAUUCUUGACGAUGCGUUUUAUUUUUUAAUACAAAAUACAAAGUAUAUUGUACCUCCUGCUGCAAAUAGUAAAAAUUUAGACAUAUUUUUCAAUCUUGCAAGCAAUGUAGUUCGCGUAAAGAAUUCGUACAUAGUGUGGCAUUCCAUAUUUACAACUCUUCAAUACAUAUCAAAGAUUUUUCCAUUACCAGAAAGCGCAAAGAUUAAGGAUAAAGUCCUAGAAAUAUUGAAUAGUUUUCUGGAAGAUUUAUCACAUAAAAAUGUUUCCGAGAAUACUGUCAGUAAUCAAGUAUAUCACGAAGUUUUAAAAUGGACAUGCAUUCUUGGUGGCUUAAAGUGCAAAGAUCAUGUUAAUGCUAUAUUACUGUGGCAUUUUGAACAUCCUAUACAACACAGACAGUUACAUAUACAGCUGUUUGAAUAUGACGUCAAAAGACGUUUUGCUUGUACGCUUAUAAACAUUGUUGCCAAGUUGGCAGAGAUGGAUAUAUUGCCAAGGACUGAAGUUAAAAAUUGCAACUAA